AUGGGUGGAGGCCCAGUCGGCCCAUCAUCAAAGGCCAUCCCCAACGCCCCUCUCACACUUCGUCGCGCGACCAUAGAUGACUUGGAUGACAUAACCUGGAUAGCAGUAAACGGAUCACCUGAUGACCCAGGUACAGACUACAGAUUUCCGUACCGUGAUAAGUACCCAGGGGAUUUCUGGAAGUGGACGAGAAUAGAGCACGAGGAACUAUUCCAACGACCUGAUAAACUAGUCAUCCUGGUAGUUACAGCACCAGUGCUUGAUGACGGAAAAGUCAUCCAUCAGCCUAUCUCUUACGGUGUAUGGGACUUGAAAGUCACAAGCGACUUUAUACCAGGAGAUCAUGGCAUCAACGAACGUCGCGACUUAAACAAAAAACACAUGGAAGCCUAUGCCAAAGUCCUUCCAGCCGGUCUAAAGAAGUACUUUAAGAGAUUCGGUUCAGAGCAAAUUCCCUUAUGGGAGGUUGUUACGCAUCCUGACUUUCGCAGGAGGGGAGCAGCUAGUAUGAUAUGUGAAUGGGGACAGAAAGAAGCAGAUAAAGAUGGCAAGAGUUUAAGUUUGUUGGCUACUCCUAUGGGAAAAGGGUUGUAUUUAAAGUUGGGAUAUCAUGUUCUUGGGAGUGUUGUUGUGCAGGUUGAGGGGGAGGAAGAGAGGGUUAUUUUUGAUGCUAUGGUCAAGCACAACAAGUGA